AUGAGUGAGGACUUGGAUGAGAGCAGCGAUCAGGCGAUGGUGUCGGGCAAUGAUGGCCUGAACGGCGAGAACGGCGUGAAUGGUGUGUCGUCGGGCGGGACGGGCGGACAGACUGGCGGACGCGAGAAGACGUUUGUGGUGAAGAAGUGGAACUGCUGUGCGAUGUGGUCGUGGGAUUGCGAGUGCGACACGUGUGCCAUAUGUCGCGUGCAAGUGAUGGACGCGUGUCUUCGGUGUCAGUCGGAGAACCGGUCGGACGACUGUGUCGUGGUUUGGGGCGAAUGUAACCACUCUUUCCACAACUGCUGUAUGUCUUUGUGGGUCCAACAGAACAACAGGUGUCCGCUCUGUCAACAGGACUGGAUUGUGCAGCGCAUCGGCAAAUAG